AUGCCCCCGGUGUGUCCCCAUCUCCGGGGGCGUGUCCCCGGGCGGCCCCGCCCCCGGCGCGGCGCGAGGCCACGUGCGCGCGCGCGGGCGGCCUUUGCCGACGUGUCCCUGGCGCCGCGCGCCCCGGAAGUCCCGCCCCCCCCUCCCGCGCGCGCCGGGGCCGGGCGGGGCCGCCAGGGGCGCCACGCUCGCGCGCCGCGCGCCGCCAUUGGCCGGGGCGCCGCGGGGCGGGGCGGCGCGCGCGGCGGCAGCGGCCGCCCGUUGGCCGCCGGCCGCGCCGGGGGGCGGAGCCGCGCGCAGGCCCCGCCCCACCCCGGCCAAGGCCCCGCCCCCCGGCCAGGCCCCGCCCCCCGGUCCCUUCCGCGCUCGCCCCGGGCCCCGCCGCGCUCCCGCCGCCCGUCCCGGCCCGGCCCGACCCGACCCGGCCCCGCCAUGGCCUCCGCGGCCAACCCCGGCCCGCCCGCCUCCGCGCCGCCGCCCGUCGUCCAGCGCGGCAUCGUCAAGAUGGUAAGGGCUGCGCCCGCCGCUCCCCGCGCCGGCCCCGCGCCUCGCCGCCGACCGGGGAGCCCCGUCUCCCGCACGCUGCUCCGCGGCCCCGCUCCGCUCGCCGCCUCGCUGCCUGCCCGGUGCCCGGCUCCCCCCGCCCGGUGCAGCUCGCCCGGUGCUCCCGGGCCCCGUGGCGCGGCAGUUGCCGGUCCGUUACCGCCCGCAGCCCCGGCACCUCGCGCUGCACCCGGGAUCCCCCCGCAGCCCGCCUCCCCCACGCCGUCCCGGCUCCGGGCACCGCGCCGUCCCGCCGUCCCGGCGCCGUUCCGGCUGCUGGCACGGGGCAGGAGCAGCUUUGGGUCCCGGGACCGGAGCCGGUGGUCCCGGGACCGGAGCCGGUGGUCCCGCUCCGCUGCCGGCCCCGGAGCCCCGAGGGGUCGCGGAGCGGCGGCCUCGCAGCGGCAGCGGGGCCGUGCCGGGGCUCCCCACGUGCUCCGCUCGCUGCCCUUCCCGGGCAUCCCCGCGGGGCGGGACGGGAGCCCCGUGCCCCGGGCGGGUCCCCGCGGGGAUGGGGCGCUGCGGCCCCCCGGGGUCCCCGGGAAGCGUCCCGGGUCCCCACGUGUGCCGGCAGCGGGGCCCGGGGGAGCGAAGGUCGGGUUCAGUCCUGGGCGCCGUGUCCUGGUCCCGUCCCGUGUCCCCAUCCCGGUCCCGUCCCGCCGCAGCCCGUUCCCUGCCGUGUCCCCGAGCUCCCCAGAUCCCCGUGCCCGGCUCCGGGUGGAUCUGGGGCCCUGGGGCUUCCCGGCGCGGGAGUUCCUGCGGAAGAAGCUGAUCGGGAAGGAGGUGUGCUUCACCGUGGAGUACAAGACCCCGCAGGGCCGGGAGUACGGCAUGGUCUACCUGGGGAAAGACACCAGUGGGGAGAACAUUGCCGAGUCCCUGGUGGCCGAAGGUCUGGCUUCCCGGCGGGAGGGGAUCCGAGCCAACAACCCCGAGCAGAGCCGGCUGGCCGAGCUGGAGGAGCAGGCGCGCAGCGCCAAGAAGGGCAUGUGGAGCGAGGGCUCGGGCUCGCACACCGUGCGCGACCUCAAGUACACCCUGGAGAACCCCCGGCACUUCGUGGACUCCCUGCACCAGAAACCCGUCAAUGCCAUCAUCGAGCACGUGCGGGACGGCAGCGUGGUGAGGGCCCUGCUCCUGCCCGACUUCUACCUGGUCACCGUCAUGCUCUCGGGGAUCAAGUGUCCCACCUUCAAGCGCGAGGCUGACGCCGAGGUCCCGGAGCCCUUCGCGGCCGAAGCCAAAUUCUUCACGGAGUCACGGCUGCUCCAGAGGGACGUGCAGAUCGUCCUGGAGAGCUGCCACAACCAGAACAUCCUGGGCACCAUCCUGCACCCGAACGGGAACAUCACGGAGCUGCUGCUGAAGGAGGGCUUUGCCCGCUGCGUGGACUGGUCCAUCGCCGUCUACACCCGCGGCGCCGACAAACUGCGCGCGGCCGAGAGGUUUGCCAAGGAGCGCAAGCUGAGGAUCUGGAGGGAUUACGUGGCGCCCACGGCAAACCUGGAUCAGAAGGACAAACAGUUCGUGGCCAAGGUGAUGCAGGUGCUCAACGCCGACGCCAUCGUGGUGAAGCUCAACUCCGGGGACCACAAAACCAUUCACCUGUCCAGCAUCCGGCCACCGCGGCUCGAGGGGGACAGCGCCCAGGACAAGAACAGGAAGCUGAGGCCCCUCUACGACAUUCCCUACAUGUUCGAGGCCCGGGAAUUCCUGCGCAAGAAGCUCAUCGGGAAGAAGGUGAACGUUUCCGUGGAUUACAUCCGCCCCGCCAGCAGCGCCACCGACACCGUCCCGGCCUUCUCGGAGCGCACCUGUGCCACCGUCUCCAUCGGCGGCAUCCUGCAUCCCUGUGCCAGGACAAGGAUUGGGGCUCUGGCCGCCGCUCCGGCAUCCGCGGGUUUUCCGUGGGUGCCCUCGCGUGCGGCAUUCCCCAUCCCAGCCCUCGUCCGAGGCUGGCCGGAGCUGAUUCCCGGCGCUCCUCUGCUCUCCAGGGCCAUCAAGAACGGGAAGGGGCUGCACAGCAAGAAGGAGGUGCCCAUCCACAGGGUCGCCGACAUCUCCGGAGACACGCAGAAGGCGAAGCAGUUCCUGCCCUUCCUGCAGCGCGCCGGCCGCUCCGAGGCCGUGGUGGAGUACGUGUUCAGCGGCUCCCGCCUGAAGCUCUUCCUGCCCAAGGAGACCUGCCUGAUCACCUUCCUGCUCGCAGGGAUCGAGUGCCCGCGGGGCGCCCGGAACGUGCCGGGGCUGGCGCAGGAGGGGGAGCCCUUCAGCGAGGAGGCCACGCUCUUCACCAAGGAGCUCGUGCUGCAGAGGGAGGUUGAGGUGGAGGUGGAGAGCAUGGACAAGGCCGGGAAUUUCAUCGGGUGGCUGCACAUCGAGGGCGUGAACCUGUCGGUGGCGCUGGUGGAGCAGGCGCUGUCCCGCGUCCACUUCACGGCCGAGCGCAGCCCCUACUGCAAGGCCCUGCUGGCGGCCCAGGACGCGGCCAAGCAGAGGAAGGAGAAGGUGUGGUCCCACUAUGAGGAGACGCCGGUGGAGGAGGUGGUGCCAGUGCUGGAGGAGAAGGAGCGCACGGCCAACUACAAACCCGUGUUCGUCACCGAGAUCACCGACGACCUCCACUUCUACGUGCAGGACGUGGAGACGGGCGCCCAGCUGGAGAAGCUGAUGGAGAACAUGCGUGCCGAGGUGGGCGCCCACCCGCCCGUGGAGGGCUCCUUCGUCCCGCGCCGGGGCGACUUCUGCAUCGCCAAGUUUGUCGACGGGGAAUGGUACCGUGCCCGGAAGGAGACGUUGCCCCCCAGCCGCCUGGCCGCGCUGCCGCCGGCGUUCUCGCCGCGGGUGCUGCCGCCCCAGGCCACCGAGUACACGUUCGCCUUCAUCCAGGUGCCGCAGGACGAGGAGGCGCGGGCGGACGCCGUGGACAGCGUGGUGAGGGACAUCCAGAACACGCAGUGCCUGCUCAACGUGGAGCACCUGGGCCCCGGCUGUCCCCACGUCACGCUGCAGUUCGCAGACUCCAAGAGCGACGUGGGGCUGGGGCUGGUCAAGGAGGGGCUGGUGAUGCUGAACCUGUGGCGCUACGGCGACUUCCGCGCGGACGACGCCGACGAGUUCGGCUACAGCCGCUGA